ACCAGGAAGUCAGGAAGCUGGGGGAAGCCUUCGUCGUUGUGUACACAUUUGCCACAAACUUGUAAGCAUCAUUGCCUGAUCUGGCUGUUUCCGUUGUGAGUGUCUAUACGAAUUGGUUCUGCUUCUAUUUGAUGUUUCAGACAGACGAGUCAUGGUGAUCUAGUUCACUACGAUUAAUUCAUGUGUAAAUGUCAGCCGACUCAUUUGCAUUGACUGACAGACUCACCUUCUUCCAUGUCUGUAUCUCUGUGAGUAUGGGCUGUGAGAUAGAUUAAAAAAGUGAAGGGCAAGGUGAUCGUUGGCUAGCACAGGCCAGUGUUGACAUUACCUCUUUCGCUAUCUCGAGGUUGGGCUAUAAAUGCGGAAUGCAUAUUCUGUCAAUAUGAUGUUGUGAUUCAUAUUCAUUUGAAAGGAUUCUGACAGAUCGUCAAAACUAACGACGAUGAAGGCGAGCUCAGGUUCGUCAUACUCACAUCUUGCUUCUCAGCGGCAGAGUUGGAUUUGCUCGCUUGCAUAUUCAAGUUUCGUGGGCAUAAGAUGUGGGUGCCAAAAAUGGAAUUGACUUCCAAGUCCUAUGUCUGCCUCAGGACUGUUGAUCAUGGUAAGGAAGCUUCCAAAUCGUGUCUCUACUUCUCCGGAUCACAAUGUCUUGUUGUCGGCCGGUUAUCAUCUAGGACGAAAGGAACUGUACCGUUUUUAUUGUUCGACGGGCAGUGGGAUGAGGAGACCCUUAAAGCUCGUGAACUAAAUCCGCACGCCGGAGGUGGAUGA